AUGGCUGCGAGCGUGAGUUCCUGGCUCGCGGCCGCGACGCCCACACCAACCCUCGCCUCCGUUGCUUCCAAAUGUGCGACAACGCUCUCUGUCGGUGCCGUCCUAUCCUUCGGCCCCGGCCACCCCUUAACCACGCUCACCCACGCCGCCAUUCUCGAGACGCCCUGCGCCGCGGGCCAGACGCCGACGUCCUCGUCAUUACCGUCCGUCCUGCUGGCCAACGCGGAGGGCAUCGAUGCCCUCGACGCUGAAACGAGCGGCGGCUCGCCUCAAUUCUCCGACUUUCGCGAUGCCUUUUACGAGUCGACCUUCCCCGUCUGCUACGUCCUCGCCGCCACGACUGUCACCGCCUACAUGCUCGUCAUCAUGCUCUUCGUCACCCCACGCUCCUUCCUCGACGGUGGCGUUGCAUAUCUCGGCCGCAGCGGUUUCACCGGCAGCUCACCCAACGGCAUCAGCAUUGGUGGCCGCCCGUGGCUGCAGAAAGUAGCCGCCAUGACUGUCGCCAUCUCCCUGACCAUUGCCACUGCCGAUACGUUUCGCGUCGCUGAAGAGCAGUAUGCCUGGGGUGUGCAAAACGCAGAUCAGUUGCAGUCUGAAGUCAUGGACAGCACCGAACUUAAAAUCAUGCGCCUCAUUUCCGACACGUUUCUGUGGCUGGCGCAGGCGCAAACCUUGAUCCGCCUCUUUCCACGCCAGCGUGAAAAGGUCAUAAUCAAAUGGACCGCCUUUGCCCUCAUCACUCUGCAAGUCAUCUUCAGUGCACUCAACAGCUUUUACUAUCUCACGAGUGGCAGCAACGGCAACGCGAGGCCGCAGAGCUUCGUUGACGCCGUCCCCGCUCUCAGCUACUUAUUCCACCUUUCUCUGGGCUUGCUCUAUGCUGCCUGGGUCAUUUACUAUGCGCUCAUGAAGAAGCGCUACGCAUUCUAUCAUCCCUUGAUGAAGAAUAUGCCACUCAUCUCAGCUCUCUCCAUCCUCUCCAUCCUUAUUCCUGUUGUCUUUUUUGUCUUGGAUAUAUCUAGGCCAGAAUUUAUCGGCUGGGGCGAAUAUGUUCGUUGGGUAGGUGCCGCCGCAGCCAGUGUGGUGGUGUGGGAAUGGGUUGAGAGGAUAGAAGCCCUGGAGCGCGAAGAGAAGAAAGACGGCAUCCUAGGCCGUGAGGUUUUCGACGGCGACGAGAUGGUGGAGGCUUCUGCCUCUGACUUCCCCUGGCUACGGCGCAGGAGGAACCGGAAAAGUCAGGCCGGCGGAGGGGCAGGAAGCAGUGGUGCCGCUGGAAAUGGCGGUGGCGUUGGCGAUAGCGCCGGCGGCGACGGAGGGCCAAGGGAACCUCGACGGCUGCGAGACUUAUGGCGUGGCCUGGUCUUCACACAGGGACGUGAUCGUCCACCAGCGGCCGUGGCACCGCACACGGCUGCAGCGGCCGGUGAGCACCGGACACGGGAUCAGUACGCCAGCAGCGGCGGGCGAUGGGACUUGAGGGCGCGGCUAGAAGACUUUGCGGCGACGCAGGCGGAGAAGGUGCGCGAGAAGAUGCAGCCGACGCCCGAGACGGACAGUCUGCCGGUGACGGUCAUUCCGGCACCGCCGCGGCAAGGAGCGGCACUGGCACGUCUCCUCGAGGAAGAAGGAAUAGACGACCGCCGGUCGCCGCUGGAGCGAAGCACGAGCGGCGGAUCGGGCUUUUCGUCGUUCCCUGGCAUUGGGGCAGGGGCUCUGCCGCACGCCCUGGACAGGACGACGAGCGACGUGUCACGCCAGGCGCCACGAGGAAUGAGCGCCUCGGUCGACACGGCGUCGGUGAACGCGAACCCGAGCCGGCCGCCGCUGUGGCCGGGCGUGCGAACACAGCCGAGCUACGAGCGGGCGGCGACGACUACGACGACGACGUACGAGUACGAAGACGCAUCGGACGUUCAGACACCAACGGAGCACAGCAGGCGGGAGACGGAGGGCUCGCGAGGGCCACCUGCUCCGUGAAGCCGCCGCCGCGGCGUGACCACGGUUCUGCGUGUCUGGGUGGGCUGGGUGUACCAUUAUUACUAUUCAAGCGCGGCGCUUGGGUUUCAUUGGAAUUGAUUGGGCUGGGUGGGCUAUCUACCACGGCUACGGCCUGGACGGAACAAGGAAAGGGUGGAGACAUUUAGCGAACAAAAAGAUCCAACCCGGGAUCAUUUGGCGUUUUACCUGGCGUUGGGUUGAUAGGGAGAAGUUUAUAGUCGUGUGUAGCGUGUAGCGUGCAGCAAGCAGCAAGCAGCAAGCAGCAAGCAAGCA